AAUCUCGUUACACUGCGAGAUUAAGUACCAACAUGGCGUGCAACAUGCGAGUGUGUCAAUUUAACAAUAUUUUUUCGUCCACUCCUACUUUAAAACGAGUAGGAACAUGCGUUCCACGUCGUUCUGUCAGAACAGUACCGAGAAAGAUAGGCAUAGCACAUAAAUUACAACUGAAAGACGAGCGAGGAGAUCAAUUUAAACCCGAGAAAAAGCCACUUUUGAGAGAUAUCUUGGCUCCCCCCGUUGGCCCAGGGAUCAUUGAAGAAACAAGGAAAUCAAAACCACCAUUAGAAAAAGUGGACAUUGCAAAAACUCUUACCCGGGCGGAUGUUAUAGGGUUAAUGCAGGAAAGCCCAACCAGUGCAGAAAGGAUGUCCAAUGACAAAGAUUGGACAAAAGUAUGGCCGACUGCUGCAACUUUUAAUUGGACUAAGUUUCCAGUCUCUGUAACACAAGGCGUGAAGGUGAUGAAAAGAGAUAACCCAAGAAUGUUUGAAAAAGAUGUAUCUUUAGAAUUGAUGAAAAUUCCAAAUUUCUUGCACUUGACUGAUGCACACCUAGAUAAACACUGUAAUGCUUUACAAAAAUAUCUUUCAAAAUGGCCAUCUGAACUGUCGUCAAGUUUGGCAAUUGCCCAGCACUUCCCAGUGGAAAUAAUCACUGAGGACUAUGUGAGAAGCAGUCCAUCUAUAAGGGAGCCGAAGUCCAGGAUUGUCACGUUGAAGGUCCGGGUAGGAUCCUUACAGUUAAAUGCACGGGCAAGAGACAAGCUGAUCAGAUUAGCCAAAGAUAGAUAUAAUGCAAAAACAGAUUUGCUAACAAUAGUGGGAGAUAGAUGUCCAAGAAGAAAACAGAAUGAAGAUUAUGUAAAAUACCUUUUGACUGCUUUGUACAUGGAGUGUAGGGAGAUCCAGCAGUACAAAGAAGUGCUGGCUGAAUUACAUGAGACCGAAUCCCAAGAACUUUAUGACAAAUAUAGAGAAAGUGUCAUCAAAGUAUUAGGAAUUAAGGCUGCCUCAUCUGGAAGUUGACUUAUGUUUUUUUUUUUUUUGAUUCUGUAAAAGUUAAUGAGAUCUGGAAUAUGGAAAAGCAAGUCUCAGAUUUUUCAGAAGACUGCUACAUUACAUAUGAAACAUGGGGGAUUACCUUAAUAUAAGUUACUGAUAAAACUUUGUAGUCCUUGCAUUUAUAAUGUAUAUUGCAGCUACAGUGAAAGUUUUCCAAAAGUAUUUUAUAAAAUAAUGUUCCUUCCAAUAGUGUAAUUUUGUAAUAUGUAAAAAAAAGAUAAAAUGUUUAGAAAAUUA